AUGGCGGCGGCCGCGACGGUCCUCGACCGCUGCGAGGCCGCGCGGCGCCGCAAGCUGCCCUUCUUUGGCAGCAAUGCGAAGAUGCGGGAGCUGGACAGGCGGCAGACGCUGGAGAGGGUGGCAGCGCAGCGAGCCGCGCUCAGCGCUGCGCGCGUCGGGCUGCCGCAGGUCAUCCUCUCCUCCAAGAUCGCCCCCCGCGCGCUGUCGGGCGUCAACAGCCCCGACCCCCUGUGUGCACGCCACGCGAUGGCGCUCGCGGCGCUGGUCGCGCGCGACGCGCCGUCGCUGUUCAUAGACCAUGUGGCCCACCUGAUACAGGGCAACCUGGACAUUUUCCAGGCCACGGCCGUGCAGGCGGCCGGCGGCCCCGGCGCCAAGCCGGCGCGGCCGUCCAAGGACCUGUUCCAAGAGCGCAGCGCCAACCUCAGCGACGCGUGGGCGCGGCUGUACCUCGCGCGCGCGUGCGGCGCGGUCGUGUCGGCGGGAUUCGCGUCCGCGUCCUCCAACACCGUGAUCUGGGAGGCGCUGACCACCCUGGCCUGCUGCGACCGCGCGGUGAUCGUGUGCCUGGAGGCCAUCCGCGGCCUGGUGGGGACGCCAUACCCCACAGUCAGCAAGCUGCCGCCGCCGGGCAGCAAGAAGGUCCCGCAGCUGGACGAGAGGAGGGAGCAGGACGACUCAUAUCGCCAGGCCGCCGCCUGGCGCGCGCUGCUCGCACACGCCGCGCACGACGCCCCCGCGCCCCAGAAGGGCUCCGCCGCCGCCGCCGCCGCCGCGCUCGCCGCGACGAGCGCCGCCGCCGGCGCGGGCGCGGGCGCGUUUGGCUUUGGCGCCGGGCUGCUGCCGGGGGUGGCGAAGCAGUUCACAGUCGGGCGGUCCCAGCGGGGCGUGGAAGAGAGCGCCGCGCUGCAGCGAAUGGCUUCGCUCGCGCGCGGCAAGGGGCAGCCGCACCCGGGCGCGAUUGCCGAGGACGAGGAGGAGCAGGAGCCCCCGCGGCCGUCGCUAUUUGCGGCCGUCGUCGAGCGGCUGACGGCAUGCCUGGGCAUGAAGUCCCACGCUGCGAUCGCCAGCGCGUGCCGCGCCGUCGCUGCGCUUGCGGAGGCGCGGGCGCGCGCGGUAGCGCUCGCGCGGAGCCCGGGGGAGCGCGCGGCGGCGCUGGGGGGCGGGGAGGUGCGGGAGCUGCUGGCGCAGCUCGAGGCGCGGAUGGUGGCGGUCGCGAAGGAGCCCGGGUUCAGCGCGGCGCAGCGUCUCAAGGCGCUGGAGGCGCUGCUGUGGCUGCAGCAGCUGCCCAGCAGCCGCCCGCCGGCCAUCUCGCCCGACGAUCUGCUGCAGCAGCUCAGUAUGGGCGGCGGCACGGUGUCCCUAUCAGUGGCUACCAUUUUCGCCGACCCCUGGCCCGAGGACCUCCUGACGGGCCUCAUGUUCACCUUGACGCGCCGCCUGUUCAGCGCGCCGGGCGCGGCGGAGUAUCUGCUCGCGUGCGCGGGCGCGGUCGCGCGCGCGUGCCCCAGCCGGGUGAAGCACGAGCAGCUGCACCAGAUGUGGGACACGUGCCUGAGGGCCAGCGAGCCGCAGGUCAAGCUCGCCGCGGUGCGCUCCGCGCUGGCGCUGCUGUCGUCCCCCGCGCCGCCCAUCGCGUCGCCGCCGUCGGCGGCGGCGCCGGAGGUGAAGGUGCUGGCAGCGCGCGAGGAGGCGGCCUACUGGGCGCUGGUCAGGUCUGCCGCCUGGUGGCUGGGCGAGAACGCCAACUUUGCUGCCAACGAAUUCGUCUGGAAGCCCCGCCCGCCGCCGCCCGCGCUCGCGGCCGCCCUGGAGACAGCGGACGGUAUGCCGCAGGAGCUGCUCGCGGCUGCGGCGGUCGCGGGCAACCCGCUGCUGUCCAUGGUACUCACGCACCUGCAGAGGGCGCGCUGGCCCCCGGCCGCCGCUUGA